AUGAAGGUGCCCGCUUUCUCUGUCAGGCCGGCUCAAUGUACGGUACAAGAUGUGCCCGCAAUCUUCGGGCCCAUACCAAAUGUCGCGACGUUCUCCGGCGUCGAUUCCACCAGCUACCUGAAGAAGCGACCGAGUGACUUCGUCCAUCCCGGGAUCUGGCACACUCACGAUGACCUGGAACUGAUCCGCACGAAAGUUCUGGCUGGUGAGGACCCGUGGGCCUCCGCCUACCAGCAGUUCAGCGCCGACAGCUACUCCCAGGCCAGUUACGAGAUGCAGGGCCCGAAGGAGGUGAUUGCCCGCGGGCAGACGAGCAAUUACACCAGCUUUGCGCACGACGCGCGCGCGGCCUGGCAGAAUGCGCUCAUAUGGUACAUCACCAAGAACGAAUCCCACUGGACGCGCAGCACCACGAUCCUCGACGCGUGGGGGACCAAUCUGACCAACAUCAUCGGGAUUGAUCGCUCCCUCAUGAUCGGUCUGGACGGGGAUUUGUUUGUCAACGCGGCGGAGAUCAUGCGCUGGGAGGGAAAUUGGACCGAAUUCGGAGCCCGGUGGCAAGGGGGCUCGGGCUUCAGCACGCAACUGUACUGGCUGUUUGCGCGCCAGUCCGCGGUGGUCGGCCAGGCCAACUACGGCAUGGUCAGCAUCAAAGCAAUGCUCAGCUUUGCUGUCUACUUGGACGAUGUGCAAUUGUAUAACUACGCGAUGAAUGCCUUCAUUCAGGACAACUGCGCUGGUAUCUUCGCACAGUACAACUCCGAGACGGGCCAGUCGGUGGAGGCCGGUCGGGAUCAGGGCCAUACCAUGUCAGGAAUCGGGUGGUCGGCUUACGGGGCCAGAGUCGGUUUGAGUCAAGGCGUGAACCUCUUUCAGGUAGGGGACAAUUUGCUGUUAAAGGCCGCGGAGUAUGCCGCCGAAUACAACCUCAACUCGACCGUUACCUAUGACCCGAAGUGGUCACGCUGCGAAGCGGUCCUUGUCAACGGUCCCUGGGAGGUCAUCUCGGCGGAGAACCGCGGCGUCAGCAACAAGAUUCCGAUCUGGGACCUUUUGUAUUACCAAUACGUGGUCAAACAGAAGGAAAAUGCACCCUGGACUAUCAAGGCCCAGGAUUAUGAGGGCUUCGAAGGGGCAGUUUCCAGCAACGAUCAUCCGAGCUGGGGGGGUCUUAUCUGGGCGGCAGAAGCAUGAGAAGCUGGCGGAAGCAGAGCGACAUCGAAACCUCCCAUCCAUACGGAGUAGGCUUUUUUUUUGUCCUUUGGGAAUUUCCAGUCCCUGCUCCAGUUGUGCAGGUUGAAAGUGAGUGAUUG